ACGAACUUCCCCGAAUCUGCGGUUUUUUCCACAAGCAAAGAAUCAAGUCAGCAAAAGCAGGAUUUGCCUAAAAAUAAGUUCUUUCUUCUCCGAUUAUUUGAUCUUUCUUCUCUUCUCCUUCUUCCACCAGUUCUCCAACAGCAUCAUCGAGAUUUGAGGUAUUAUCAAAUUAUCUUCGAAGUUUCUAUUUUUCUUUUCAAUUUGACUCUCAGUAUGCUGUUAGGUAGCAGUUAGAACUUAGAAACUUAGAAUUAUAGAAAACGAAAGAAGAGGUAGGAAACUUUUGAAGCGUUGCAAUUGGGAAAGAAAGGGGUUUCCGAUCAUUUGAUGGUUAGUGAUUAUAAUGCACUUUAUUGAUCACAGUAGAGAAUGAAUGCAUUCAUAUGAAAUUUUAUAAAUUGUUUUCAUAACCCUAUCAAUGGAGGAUCCUGCUGUGUAGUUUUUGAGUGCAGAAGAGAAGUGUGGAUUAUAUCUUAAUAUUUCCGCAGGCACAUGGAUGAGUCAAAUAAGCAUAAGGCCAUCAGAGCCAAAGAGAUUUCUGAGAAAAUGUUUGCUGCAGAUGAUGUUUAUACUGCAAUGAGGUUCGCUCGUAUGGCUCGAAAUUUGUUUCCUGGUCUUGAGGGCACGCAAGACGAUGUUGCCACGAUGAGGGAAUCGUAUGUGAGUUUAGCUUCCCUGAUUCACUCUGAGAGGAACAAGUUUGUUGGCGCAGAUGGGGCCUUUGAACUUGUUUCGCAAGCAUGGAGUGUGCUGUCAGAUAAGGCUAAGAGGGCAAUGAUCGAUGAGAAGAUUAAUGCCCCAGCAUUCGAUGAGGAGGUGAAGGUGGAAACAUGUAAACUUGCAACUGAGUGUGAAUAUAUACCAUCAGAAGAGGGGGCUAAUUGUGAUCACAAUGUUACCGAGGCUGCCACUUCAAUUGCAAAGAUUCAGAAGGAGAAUUCACCUGCAUCAAGAUCAAGUACAUUUUGGACUAUGUGCCGUAGGUGCAAGCUUGUAUUCCUGUACCCUAGAAUUAAAGUUAACUGUAGACUUUUGUGUUUUGUUUGCAACAAAGAAUUUAUGGCAGUUGAACUAGAUAGACGGAAGGUUUUAUCAGCAAGGAGGCGCUCCAGGGGGUUGCACACUGUCAAUCCACAGGCACAUGAUGUAAGCAACUUUCAUGGCAGUACAUUACUGAGAAAAACUUGUCAGGGUUCCUCUGCAACUCAAGAAAAAGAUGUUCAACAGAUGUAUCAGAAAGUAAAGCGAAAGCGCAAUGAGGAGCAAGUAACAGAGAGGGAAAAUGCCUCCCAAGAGGAGCACCCUGUUGCUAAAAGAAGUUACUUUAAUCCUUCCAAGAUAAGAAGUGCCUUGGAGGAUAUGAGCUUGACCAGCUGUGAUGAGCGAAACUCAAAGGAGCCGGAUUUCAAAUAUAGCGGGAUAACCCAAGCUAAAGAGAGCGGCAUUGCAAAAGGCAUCUACCAGGCGGAGCUUCGUAACCAUUUUAUGGACAUUGCUGUAAAUGCGCUUAGUACAAAACUAGCUGCCCUUAAUCCGGAUACUAAUGAUAGCCAGAAAGCAAAUGAGACGGGCGAAACAUUUUUGAGGGAAUCUGAAAGUUGUGAUCAAGACAAUUGUGAGAAGCCAGACGAAAGGACAAGUGGAGUCCAAGCAACCAUGCCAUCUGCAGGCUCUAAUACUAUGACUGACAUGCUAACAAAAUCUUUGGGGAAGAUGUCAAUAGAUUUCCAAUUUCCAAAUAAUGCAGAUAAAGAAGUAUAGAAGCAGCUAAUGGUGACAGUAAAGAAUCUAGUCUUUGAUUAUAGAUUUUUAAUCAUUUGAUUUUAUGUGCAUAUAUGGCAUACUCCAGUUGAAAGUUUCUAAUUCUAGUUAUUGAAUAGCAGACACUUCUAAUUCUUUUGCCAUUUAUAUUGGAUUCUUGUUACUAAAAAUU